GGGCGAAGGGCGAAGGUCAGCGUCCAGGUCGGAGCGCACCGCCUGGGUUAACCAUGACCGCGUCUGGGGACCCCGGGAAGCAGUGGCAGGAGGAGGUGGCGGCGGUGGUAGUGGUGGGCUCCUGCAUGACCGACCUGGUCAGCCUUACCUCUCGUUUGCCCAAAACUGGAGAAACCAUCCAUGGACAUAAGUUUUUUAUUGGCUUUGGAGGGAAAGGUGCCAACCAGUGUGUGCAAGCGGCCAGGCUUGGAGCAAAGACGUCCAUGGUGUGCAAGGUUGGCAAAGACUCCUUUGGCAAUGAUUAUGUAGACAACUUAAAACAGAAUGAUAUUUCCACAGAAUUUACAUAUCAGACUAAAGAUGCUGCUACAGGUACUGCUUCUAUAAUUGUCAAUAAUGAAGGACAGAAUAUCAUCGUCAUAGUGGCUGGAGCAAAUUUACUUUUGAAUAUUGAAGACCUGCAGGGAGCAGCCGAUGUCAUUAGCAGAGCCAAAGUCGUGGUCUGCCAGCUAGAAGUCACUCCAGCGAUUUCUUUGCAAGCCUUGGCCAUGGCCCGCAGCAACGGAGUGAAAACCUUGUUCAACCCGGCUCCGGCCCUUGCCGACCUGGACCCCCAGUUCUUCACCCUCUCUGACGUGUUCUGCUGCAAUGAAAGUGAGGCUGAGAUUCUAACUGGCCUCACGGUUGGCAGCCCUGCAGCUGCUGGGAGGGCUGCACUGGUGCUGAUGCAAAGGGGCUGCCAGGUCGUCAUCAUCACUCUGGGUGCUGAAGGGUGUGUGGUGCUGUCACAAACAGAGCCUGCCCCAAAGCACAUUGUCACAGAGAAGGUCAAGGCUGUGGAUACCACGGGAGCCGGUGACAGUUUUGUGGGAGCCUUGGCCUUCUACCUGGCUUACUACCCAAGCCUGCCCUUGGAAGAAAUGCUCAAGAGAUCCAAUUUCAUCGCAGCAGUCAGCGUCCAAGCUGCAGGGACACAGUCAUCUUACCCACACAAAAAGGACCUGCCACUUCAGCUGUUUUGAUUGCUGUUAACCCUAAAGCAAAUGCACCGAGAAAUAAAAUGUACUUGGGGACGGAUGCUUUCAGCUGGUAA